CAAAGUUGUCCCGACGGAAUUAGUCAAAAUAUCGCUCGCAUCGUGCGUUGCCGGGAUCAGGAUUGAGCCUGAAUUCGGCCCGAAAUUGGCCAAAAUCGGCCGAAAUGCAGAGCACGAAGAAGUACUCAAGUCAGGGCAGCAGUGAGCAGGGCAUGGGCCUCGGAAGCCGCAGUCGGACUCGCCGGCGGAAAAGGAAACUUCUUCACUGGACAAGCUACCAUGUCAUGCCCAGUGUCCCUUCGUCCCAUUUUUUGUGCAGUUUGAUCGGGUCGUUCAUCGCCAGCACUUUUGCAGAGCAGCCGUGGCACCGAACGCUGACCGUCGUCGUCUCGGACAAGACCCUGCAGAACCGAAUCUACGUUGACUCGUGCGGUCAAAAAAAGAGGACCGGUGACUUGACCGCGCUGCUUUUGGCCACCCUGGAAAACGUCGAGCGGCAAAUCCAAGAGAGCAAACGCGACCUGCAGGUGGAGCGCGAGAAAAACAAGAAACUCGAACGGAAAGUGCAGGAGUACGCCAAGGGUGCCCGCAAGAUGGACUCGACCCUUGAAAUGUCCAUUGCGAUGACCUCGAAACUCGACAGGGAAAAUCAACUGCUGAGAAGCAUGAUUGACAAAAGCAAGGACAACUCCUUCUCAGCCUGCAGCUGUGUUCAUUUAAAUUUUUGCAACGGCGAAUUUGUGGAAUAA